GCGGCGGCGGCAGCAGCGGUGGCCACGGGCCACGGGCCUCACGGGCCUGAUGCCCGAGCGAGAAAAACGAAUAGCGGCGCGAGUUUGCACGCGGUUGCCCGCGAUACGAGACUCGCGCUCCAGACUCGGCACUCGGCGGACGGCGACUCGGCCGCGCUGACGAAAGAGAGCACGAAAGGGAGGACGCGCCCGUCGUGUCGUACGCGUACGCCCGUACCCGUACGGUGCGCAUCAAUGGCGGCCACCGUCUCACGUCUCACCGACACCGCCGCGACACUCGAGUCACUCGACUGACUCGACGGCUCGACGGUCGACCGACCGAUCGACCCUUAUUUACCAAAGUCCCCAAAAUGGCCGCCCUUCGGAUUCUCGCACGCGGUAACCUCGCGGCGAUCCCGGAAUUUCCGAGGCCUGUGCAGCCACUGUAUCGCGCCGCGACGUCACGAGUCGCGUUCCCGGGGCCUCAGAUUCAACAGAGAUGGGGUAGUUAUAAAUCGUCUUCCAAAUAUACAACACCUGAAGAUUAUACAGAUUACGAGAUAACAAAAGACCCAACCGAGUGGAAAUAUGUAGAGCGUGUCCUCAGAUACAAAAUUAUACCUAAACCAGCUACUGGAGAUAUCAAAUUCUCAUCCGGCUAUAAACCAGCGUCUGCCUUGCCCACGGAUUAUACCUAUUUUGUGGAACGUACAAAAAACUACAUGCAGCCUGUGUAUUUGACUAGAAGUCUCAGAGGAGCUAAAAAAGUUACAGAGAUUACUAAAAUUCAAGGAGAUAUAUGGGCAUUGGAACGCGAUAUGAAGCGAUUCCUAGAGGAACGCAUGAGAAAAAAAGUUGCUAGUCAGAUACACGAAUUUGCAGGUAUAAUUAAAUUUAAAGGUGACUGCGUUAGUCGUGUUAAAGAAUGGAUGGACAUGAAAGGCUUCUAAGAAUCAGUAGAAAUAUUUUCAUAUUAAAUUGUAUAUUGUAAAUAUGCAAUAAACCAUGAAUCUUUGUUACGAAACAAACUUUGUUGCUGUAUAUUUUAUGUCGUCGAGCAAAAUUAUCCUAGUACCUUGUAAAAUAACUCGCAACUUUUGUUUAAAUAAAAAAUUAUUCAAUAUU